AUGAACCCUCGUGAAACUUCACUCCUCUUUUCACCAAUAAUACCGCGUUCUUUAAAUUUCAAAUUCCCAAUUCCUGUCAAGCACCAAAAACGACCUCCGCAAUGGCGAACUUUCACAGAUCCAAAUCCGACUACGACGAUCGCCGCCGCUGCAAACGGCAUCCGAAGCACCACCAAUCUCCCGGCGUUUGCUCGCUCUGUUUGGCCGAAAAGCUCUCGCAAAUCGUCUCCACGAAAUCGUCACGUAAAGUCUCCGAUUCUCUUUCUUCUUCCUGUUCCACAUCUUAUUACUCCUCUGCUUCCUCUUGUUCUUCCUGUUCUUCGCCGAAUCCUCCUUACGGUUACAAUACGGAUCGCCGUAAGGCUUUCGUGUUUUCGGCGUCUUCGAUCUUUAAAAAGAGUAGAUCGAUGGCGUUCGCGCCGAGAUUGAGACGAGGAACAGAGAGCGAUAGUGGAAAGAAUAAUAACCUAGGGUUUUGGUCGAAGAUUCUUAGACGGCCGAGACGGAAGAUAAUGGAAUUUGAAGAGGUUUUGAUGCACUCGAGAACUGUCGUACAGAGGGACGUGCAUGGCUGAAUAGAAUCCGCUCGAUUCGGCUGAUCUGAAGAUACGCGAAGAUCGUAAUUUCUUCAUUCGUUUUCUAAUUCUCUUUCUUCUUUUUCUUGUUCAGAUGCAAUUCAAUCGUUAGGGUUUGAGAAGAUUUUGUUUCUGUAUAUAUGUAAUUAAACCAUACGAAUUUGCUUAGAAACCGCCUUCCAUUCCAUUCUUU